GGAGGAAAUAUUGACGAGCCGACAGCCGAUGAGAGAGAACGCGCGCGUCAGAUCUAUCAAGGCGAGGAACAGCAAAUGCUCAAGGAUGAAGCUGCUCCAUGGCUUGGUGACAAAAACCCCGUCAGCGCUCGCACUCUUACCGCGUACAUGGAUCUUUACGACUUUGCCAACCGCAACAUUCUCAGCGGCUUGCGUACACUUUGCGAUAGACUCGUGCUGAAAGGAGAAAGUCAACAGGUUGACCGCAUUCUAGAUGCCUUUUCUAGAAGAUGGGACGAAUGCAACCCUCACAAUGGCUUCAAAGGACCAGGUGUGGUACAUGCCAUCUGCUAUGCACUGCUAUUGCUCAACACAGAUCAACACAUGGCCGACAUACAACACAAGAUGACACGAUCUGAGUUUAUCAAGAACACCACGCCUGCCGUUAAGUCAGCCGCCGAAGUUGCAACCAUUAGACCGAUUCAACUCUCAUCAAGGCCCUCGCUGCCUUGGUCCGAUACCACACCGAAAUCACCUGACGUCGAUGAUGAUCGGGGUUCUAUUGACUUCAGACGAUCGACCAAGCGCCUCUCUUUCAGACCAGGCAUGGGCAGAUUCGAGACAGAUCCUGGUCCAGGUGAACACGGAGAAAUGGGCUCAAUGAAUCACUUGGUCACGCGUCCGUUCGAAGGUCCUGAAUCAAAAUGGAUGACAGAAGUGGAAUUGGUACUCAAGGCUUUCUACAGCUCGAUUGUUUCCUUGGCUCUUCCUCUACAUGGAUCUCAAAAUUCGAGAGAACAACCUGGCUCAUCUCAUAGCCCUGCAAAUCUUACUGUCGCUGGAAACCUGAGACGUACUGGUUCUGUCAUAUCGAAAGCACCUUCUGAGGGCUUCUCUUACCGAAGCAAGAGGAACAACAGCGCGUUAUCGUCUCACUGGAACGUGUCGAAGAACAGGUCCAGACAGAAGGUGUACCCUGCAUCGACCGUCGGCUCAACUCGCACCUCAAUCGAUGACGGCCAGUCCGUCUGGAGCCCAUCUGCCCAAAGCAGUAUGUGGAGCAAGAUAUCUAUGGGUAGGACUCAAACUACGAUGAGUGUCGAAAGCUUUGCUGUUCAUCCAGACUUCAAGCAGAGUUUAGGAUUUACCAAUGCUUUGUCGCAGGCAAUCAUCCGUGAGGAGAGUGCAGGGGAUACAGAGUCUGUCAUGAAAAUUGGCACUGUGCUCGAAGACGAGAGUCUCGAAUUGGCCGGUGCGCCCUGGGCGAAAGAAGGCAUGGUUAAGCACAAACACCACCUUGAUGGUCCUGAAAAGAAAGCCAAAGAGCGCAGUUGGAGUGAAACUUUUGCUGUGGUCGAAAAAGGAUACCUGCAUUUAUUCAACUUCAACCGGACGACGACCAAGAUCAAUGACAUGCGUAGCACGAAGCGCCAGAUGUCCAAGACAGGCAAGCCCGCCAGUACAACACCAUCUGUCGUUGGUGGUGGCAACUGGACUGAUAACGCGGACGAGACUGACCAGUUCCUUUUGAGGCAAUCUCUUGCGACCGUUCUACCACACCCGGGCUAUAGUAAGACUCGUCCGCAUGUAUGGGCGUUGAGCUUGCCCACUGGUGCUGUUCAUCUGUUCAAUGUGGGUACUGCAGAGAUUGCAGAAGAGUUUGCUUCCACCGUAAACUACUGGUCUGCGCGUCUAAGCAAAGAGCCUUUGGUUGGUGGUGUCGACAAUAUCGAAUAUGGCUGGAGUGAUAACAUCAUCAACCCUGCUCUGGUUGGUGGCAGCAACGGAGAGCCUCUUUCGAAGCCACAAUCUAGAGCUGCAGGUAGCCACGCACAUUCAGCUUCUGUCAACAGUAUUGGCAAACAAAGCAUGCAGUCAACUGUUCGCGGCUCUUUCGACCAGACAUUCGGAUCGAGAUCCAGACUACCGGGCGACCGCGCUCACAUCGCCGACUGGAAGCCUCCCGCAGCAUCAAUGUUGCCAUCACAACUGCUCGAGAUCGAUCAACUUCGCAGCCUCAAAGCGUAUGUGGCCUCAGUGGAGAAUGAACUGGAGAGACACAAUGAGUUGCGCAGUGCUGUCAAUCUCGCAUACACCAACCACUAUGGUCAGAACUGGAACAAGGUCACAAGCAACUGGGAAAAGAAGAGUGCUUAUCUCUUACGUGAGGUUGUCAAGUUCACAACAUAUAUCGAAGCUCUUGACCGAGCGGGCCGCGCGAAAGAAAAGGUCUAUGAG